AGUCAAACAACAAGUUUAAUUAACAGUAUUACUCAACAAACAAUUGUAACUCUUUCUGAUUAUUCUAUAUUAUUUGAUGAAUUUAUUAAUAGUACUAAAUGUGAUAUAAUUUUUUUACCAAUUGAAUCUAUUGCUAAGGAACUGAAUAUUCAAGAAAAUCUAAAUAAAGAGUUAACUACUAAUCAACAAGAUAUUAAUCAACAGAAAAAUAAAUACUUUAUCAAUCAAAUUAAAAAUGAUUUAGAACAUAAAAUAGAGGAUCAA